AUAUGCUACGAUAUAGAUUUGGGUCCAUUGGCAACCACCUCUCGACUCGCCAAAUCCAAAAGUGCAAGGUCUCUCUGUGUUUUCUCUCGUUUGUCAUAAUUUCAAGUUUUCAACCCACAGAGAGAGAAGAGAAGCGAAAGGAUGGGAGAAGAGAGAGUGAAAGAGGAGGCCAUGCGGAUUAUUGGGAUGUUCCAAGUUCUUCCUCGUUUGGUCGUUUUCGAUCUUGAUCACACUCUCUGGCCUUUCUACUGUGAGUGUCGCUCCAAACGCGAAAUGCCGUCUUUAUACCCCCAUGCUAAAGGCAUAUUAUCUGCACUCAAGGACAAGGGGAUUGAUCUAGCUAUUGCCUCUAGGUCUCCGACCUCAGAUAUAGCAAACACAUUCCUUGACAAAUUGAGCAUCAAGACUAUGUUUGUUACCAAGGAGAUUUUUUCAAGCUGGACACACAAGACAGAUCAUUUCCAGAGAAUUCACUCAAGGACUGGGAUUCCCUACAACUCAAUGCUCUUUUUUGAUGAUGAGAAUAGGAACAUACAAGCUGUCUCCAAGAUGGGAGUGACGAGUAUAUAUGUGGAUAAGGGGGUUAAUCUCGGAGCAUUGAGACAAGGUUUAACAGAAUUCACUGAAAAUCGGAAUGCAUCUGAGAAGAACAAGCAGAAAUGGCUAAAAAAAUACUGUCAGAAUUCAAAUUCAUCUGAGAACAUCAACCAGAAAUGAAUGUUCUUAUAUGAUUGUCCUUGGUCUACAGUAUUAUAAUUCAGGAUUAUUUUCCAAAAUUGUGUGGAUAUUUUUUGAACCCACAUUCAGUUUAUAAAUUAAGAUGUUCUUUAUAUAUAUAUAUAUAAUUACUGAAUGUUGCUUUUUAAAGUACUUCUGUCAGAUGAUUCUCCUAGCGAUUCAGUAGAGUAUCAAUGUAUCAAAAAUUUCAGAGAACAUCCCACACAAAUGUUGUGCAGUAACAUUUCUUCUGGGGAGCUCAUUAACCAUCUGGAGCCAUUCAGCCAUUCUCAUUGUUUGGGAAUGAAAGUUUAUUGCUUCUGUUUCCUUUUCAUUUUAUGAAUAUUGAUUUUUCUGUGUCUACUGAACUUUUCAAUGAUGUAUAUGACAAUUUCCAUGGUUAUUCCAUUAACCAUCAUGAUCAGAACCAAUGGUCAGUUUUCCAAUCUAAAUUUGCAAAUUCCACCCUCACCCUGUUGAAAACGAA